GCACUAACUUUUGGGAGGGGCCAAGGAGAGAGUGCAAGUUCGUGAAUUGGGCUUGUGGGGUUUAGAGACAGCCAGAGAGCCUCACUUGUACAGUAGUGCUCUCAUCUGGACAGCCACUGCUGCCUUCCAACACUGACCAGAGAGUUGGACUUUGCUACAGAGGCGAACAUUCUUGGAGGAAAUUCUUUUACGUCCUUUCAGCUCUUCGAAAUCUUCAUUUCAAGCUGCAUUUGCUUGUCAGCUAACUGCAGAAAGUUGGUGUUAUCAUCAAAAGCGAAUAGUGGAAAGUCUGAUUUGGGGGAUUUAUCUGCACUUGAAUAUAUAUCAUGGACGACUUUGAACGUCGCAGAGAACUUAGGAGACAAAAACGGGAGGAAAUGCGGCUGGAGACAGAAAGAUUAUCCUAUCAAAGAAAUGAUGAUGAUGAUGAAGAAGCUGCCCGAGAGCGACGCAGACGAGCCCGUCAAGAAAGACUGCGGCAAAAAGAAGAGGAUGACUUAGGGCAAGGAAUUGAGAAACCUGAAAUGAAUGCCCAAAAUAACAUUUCAGAAGGAGAGUCCAGAAGUACUUCUACAGUGACCACUGUUACAACCACUCUAGGUGAUGGAGACGACGAUGCUGUGUUCCGGGAGAGGAUGGCGCGGAGGGAGGAAAGGCGUCAAAAGCGUCUUCAAGAAGCAUUGGAGCGCCAAAAGGAACUUGACCCAACUGUUACCGAUGAGACCAUAUCCUUCACAAGCAAAAAAGUGGUGAAUAAUGUGGAGGAAAAUGAGACCCCGGGAAAAGAAGAAAAGGUAGAAACCCACAGAAGACACUAUGAGGUGGAGGAAACAGAAACCAUCACUAAAUCGUACCAGAGGAACAACUUGCAGCAGGAUGAAGAGGAUGAAAAGAAAGAUGAGGAAUACAAAGAAGAGAUGGAAGACCAGAAACCAAAGCCACAAGCCCUAGAGGAGAAUCAGGUAGAAUUAACUGUAGAGAAGGAGAAUAUAGACAAUGAGGAGGAAUCUGCAGUCUUGGAGGGAAAACAUCUUGAGGUAAAUGCAGAGGGGAACAAAUUAGACAAUGGCACCCAUGUCCUUGCCAGUUCAAAGGAGGGCCUCAGCAUGACAAUAGUCAUAGGUGAAAAUAAGGAGGAAGACAAUGAGGCAGAAAUGAACCAGAUACAAAUUGAGGAGAGGGAAAGGCUGGAGAGGGAAGAAAGGGAGAGAGCCGAAGCUGAGGAACAGAGAAAAGCAGAGGAAGAAAAAGAGAGAUUGGAAGCAGAGAAAAGAGAAGCUGAGGAGAAAGCGAAGAGGGAGGCUGAGGAGAAAGCAAAAAGGGAAGCUGAGGAGAAAACAAGGCUUGAGGCAGAGGAGCGGGAGAGGGUGAAGGCAGAAGAACAGCGGAAGGCUGAGGAGGAGAGAAAGAGGAAGGAGAAGGAAGAGGCAGAGAAGAAAAAAGCCGCCCAGGAGAAAGAGAGACGCGAGGCUGAGGAGAGGGAGAGGAGGAAGGCAGCCGAAGAGAAAAAAGCAGCGGAGGAACGAGAGAGGGCUAAGGAGAAGGAGAAGAGGGAGGCGGAGGAGAGGGCCAAAGCUGAGGCGAAGGCUAAGCUAGAAGAGGAGAGGUUAAAGGCCAAGCAAAAGGCCGAGGAGAAAAAGGUAGACCAGCUGAAAGGCAAGAAAGGGGACGAGAAGAAAAUAGAAGAGAAGCAGGUAAAAGAGAAGAAACUCCAAGAGGAGAAAAUCACAGCAGCUUCCCUCAGGAAACAGGGGGAAGAAAAUAAAGUGGAAGCUAAAAAAGGAAACCUACAGGAGAAGAAGCUUCAGCCAGCCUUCAGGAAAGAGGAGGUAACUAUCACUUGCGGGUAGAGUGGGGCGUGUGGG